AUGCUUUGUGAAGGGUCUACGGACAUGAGAGACAGGAUGGGAGAAGCUCAGAUCAUUCAGAAAAUUGUUGAGACUAAAGAUGAAGGGGCUCUGAACUGCAGACUAUUGGCAGCUUUUGCGCAAGAAGCCUGGGGUCGGGCCGCUUUGAGAGAGUUUGGUGCCCUUGAUUUUCUUAUUUCACGGUUGUCUUCCACUACUGCAACUUCCGCUGAACGUCUAGCUAUAGUACAACCAUUACGACAUUUCGUCCACGAUACUAAUGGUAUGGCUUUUCUUGCCCGCAACCGGCUUUUUGUGGAUACUGUGGUGAAGGAUGUGAACGAGUUUAUAGCCAGUAAUAAAGUCGUUUGUGAGAACACCUGA